AUGGCGGGGGGGUCCGCCGCCCCUUUUUUGCCCCCGGCAGAGGCCGAGCGCCUCCGCGAGAAGGAGGCGGAGGUCGAGCGCCUCCUCGCGGAGCUGCUCCCGACGAAGGCGCGGCUGCUGGAGUAUAUGGCGGUGGUGGACCGCCUGGGCCUGACCUACCCCUUCCCUCCGCACUUCGAGGGGGCCGCGAGGGUGCGGGUGAGGGCCCUGACAAAACCACGCGCGGAGAAAGCCCCAAAGGAGGUGACGAGCCCCCCCGACUGGCCUCAUCUGCUUCGCUGA